AUGGAAACAUUUGACGUCGUAGUAGUCGGUGCAGGUUGGUAUGGCCUCGCCGCCGCGAAGACCUACCUCCAGCUCCACCCGGAAUGCGACCUCAUCGUCCUCGAUUCCUCUUCCAGCGUCGGUGGCGUCUGGGCUGCCGAGCGACUCUAUCCGGGCCUGAAGUCGAACAACCUACUCGGCACGUACGAAUUCAGCGGCUUCCCGAUGGACCCCGACACGUUCGGCGUGCGCCCGGGCGAACACAUACCUGGGAGGGUCAUGCACCUUUACCUCACGCGCUUCGCGCAGCGUUUCGGCGUCUACGAGCGCAUACGGUUCGGCACGAAGGUGUCGUCCGCGGUCCGCGAGGAGAACGGGGGCUGGGUCCUGACAGUCACACCGUCCAACGACGAGGCCGAGUUCCAGAUGCUAGCUCGCAAGCUCAUCGUCGCGACCGGCCUCACGUCCGAACCACACCUUCCCUCUUUUCCGGGCGCGAACGUUUACCGGGGACUCCUCUUCCAUUCGCGCGACUUCAAGCUGCACGCGUCUACCCUCUCGGACAGCGACAAUCGCCCGUCGUCCGUCACCGUGAUCGGUGGGAGCAAGUCCGCGUGGGACGUCGCGUAUGCCUACGCGACCGCCGAUCCCCCGAUCCCGGUCGACCUCGUCAUCCGCGCGUCCGGCCGUGGCCCGACGUGGAUGUCGCCCGCGUACGUCACGCCCUUCAAGCUAUGGCUAGAGAAGCUCGUGCACACCCGCCUCCUCACGCUCUUCUCGCCCUGCCCGUGGGGGGACGAGGACGGCUACGUGCGCACCCGCCGGUUCCUCCACGGGACGUGGCUCGGGCGCAAGAUCGUCGACGCCUUCUGGGCCGUGCUCUCCCACGACGUGCUGAGCCUGGUGGGCUACGACCGGCACCCGGAGACGGCCAAGCUGAAGCCGUGGACGUCGGCGUUUUGGACCGGCAACGGCCUGGGCGUCCUCAACUUCGAAAGGGACUUUCUGCAGCUCGUGCGCGGCGGCGCGGUACGCGUCCACGUCGCCGACGUCGACCGCCUGUCGGAACGCGCGGUUCGCCUCGCGAACGGCGAGGCGUUGGAGGCGGACGUCGUCUGCUGCGCUACCGGGUGGAAGGCGCACCCGCCCAUCCGUUUCUCCGGCCCCGGGGGAAGCUCUGCCGCCUUGGGCCUCCCCUUCUCCUGUGCCCCGGACGCGCGUAUCGCUAGGCACCUGACGAAGCUGACGACUGACGCGGAUCAGGAGAUCUUAGCGCGCUUUCCUCGAUUACGGCACCAACCGCACUUCGAGUACCCCGGGGCGAACCGAACGCCGGCGCUCGAGCCGCCGGACGGACUCGAGAUCUCCUUUCAGCCCCGCCUCUACAGGUUCCUCGUCCCGCCCUCCUCGCUUCGCGAGGGCGUACGUCGCGAUAUCGCGUUCCCCGGCAUGGUCUACACCAUAUCCACCGCGCUGACGGCGCAAGCGCAGGCCCUGUGGAUCGCCGCUUACUUCCACGGUCGACUCGUACCCUCUCGCCUGCCUGCAGACGAGACGGAGGCGGAGAAACGGGCGCUCGUAUGGAACCGCUUCGGGAGGUGGCGGUAUGUGGCCGGGUACGGAGGACGCGUGCCGGAUAUGGUGUUCGACGCCGUGAGCUACGUCGAUGCGUUGCUAGUGGACCUUGGGAUAGGCAGGAGGAGCGAGGGGCUGCUCGGUCGGAUGGAGCCGGGGUGUAUGAAGGGGCUGGUGGGCAGCUGGGGGUUCAAGGUUUCAAGAGAGGAGAGCGACUAG